UCUCUGCCCAUAUGAUGUGAUACGAAAGAGGCUUCGAGGCCUUCGUGGGAACCUUGGCCCGUAAGAUGAACCAACGCUGAGAAGACAGUGUCAUGAUGCUGUGUUUGUGUUUGCUAUGGGGUUCUUGGAAAUGCCGCGACGGUGGCCCCGGUCUGCGCGCGGUGGCCGGCUAUCGUGUGUUGGUAUGGCUCAGAGACGCAAAAGACGCAGGACAGAGAACAGUACUACCGCACUAUGCCUGUGAGAGCAGCAAGAUAGAUACAACGUCGCCGGGCGUGGGACCACAAAGCAAUAGUUGUGUUGGGUUGGGGAUGGGAUGGGCCACUCGGCGCGGUGCAUAUGCGCGGGCGGUGAUAGUGAUUGAUCUCCCUAGCUCUCGGCCCUCACGCUGGGACUGGACUCCUGGAGAGAUGGGGAAAAAAGAUCGUGCCAACUUCCCAACAGUGUUGUCUUCCAUCCGGGGCCGGGUCUGUCGUGACCAGAGCCCGUUCUAUAGAAGUGGGAACAGAGAAGGGGUGGUCGACUAUCGUCAUGGAUUCUUUGAAGGGGCGAAGGGAGGGAGAAGGGGGAGAAGCGCAAGGAGAAGCGCAAGGAGAAGGGAAUGAAUGAAUGAAUGGCACAGCCGCACAGCCAGGCACCGCACAGCAAAGAAACCCCUUCUCCAAAGCCACCCCUCCCCUCUCCCUGAGACCGGCCAUGAUUGAUUGCUUUACGGGGCGUCCCAGGUAGCCAGGGCCAUCAUCCAUCAGGAUUCAGGACCAUCACCUCUGGGCCCGUAGAGCCCAGCCUAAAUGAUCCCCCCGUCAACCGUCACCGCGGCUGGCCACCAAUAAGACCUCUCCAACGCUUAUUCGCCCCGACUGCCUGGGCCAUAAGUCAGUAUAUC